AUGGAGACUACACAAAUCGAUGAAGAUGCCGUCGCUGCGGCGGAUAAGCAGAUGGAAGAGCGGGCGAAUCGAGCCAAGGAACUGUUAUCGCAACGGUAUCGGGGCUUGAAGACGCAACAGGAAGAAAAACACAAUAGAAAGAUGCAACUAGAACGGCACAUGAUGGGAUUGCCGGAGCAAAAGAAGCACGAGCUUCGCAGACAUUUGGAACAAGAGGAGGUGGCAAUUCAUAAGGAGACGCGCAAGAAGAUUACUACAUCCGACUUCGAAAGCCUGGCGAUUAUUGGCCGUGGAGCGUUUGGAGAAGUUCGCCUUGUUCGGCGCAAGGGAAAAGCGAACGAUCCACAGACGGGGCAAAUCUUUGCUCUCAAGAGUAUGAAAAAAGAAAUGAUGGUGGUGAAGAAUCAGGUGCACCAUGUCAAGGCCGAGCGCGACGCUUUGGCGCAAGCAAAAGACGGUAAUCGCUGGCUCACUGCUCUUCACUACAGCUUCUUUGAUGAUAGUCACCUCUAUAUGGCGAUGGAAUUUAUGCCGGGAGGUGAUCUUAUGAGUCUAUUGAUCAAAGAAGACACCUUCUCGGAAUCCGUCACUCGGUUUUUUAUGGCAGAAGCUGCGCAGGCAAUCAGUAGUGUACAUGCACUGGGCUACAUUCAUCGCGACAUUAAGCCAGACAAUAUGCUUUUGGACGCCCGGGGUCAUCUAAAACUGACCGAUUUGGGUCUGUGUAAAAAGGUAGGCGACGUGAGUCCCACAGACGAACCGGAAGUUGUCCUAGAGAUGUUGCGUCAGCAAGGGAUCUCGGAAAAAGGUGCCGAGUGGCGAGCCACGCAAACUCUUCAAUCGUCGAACGCGAUGGCCUACUCUACCGUGGGGACGCCGGACUACAUUGCACCGGAGGUUCUGGCUGCCCAAAACGGGGCGUCGGGGUACUCGUACACGUGCGCGGUGGAUUGGUGGUCGCUAGGUGUGAUUAUGUUUGAGUGCUUGGUAGGCUACACACCAUUCUACGCUGAAGAUCCGGUAACAACCUGCCGUAAGAUCCUUCGCUGGCGACAGUGUUUGGAAAUGCCUGCCGAAACCAAGGCCCAGCUUUCCCCCGAGUGCAUUGAUUUUCUUUCUUGUUUGCUCGCCGGUCCGGAAUCUCGAAUUGGGUCUUCCAAGAACGGAGGCGACUUCGAGAAUGGAUUUAAGCAGGUCGUGCAGCAUCGGUGGUAUCGAGACUUUGACUGGGAAGGAAUUCGUGAGCUUGAAGGACCAUUGCUGCCU